CCUCUCAAAGCAUUUUAUCACUGUGAAUGCUACCGGGUGAUAGUCAUUAAGGCAGGACACAUUAUUCUUCUUAGGCACUGGUAUAAUUGUUGCCUUUUUGAAGCGAAUAGGAACUUCUGCCCGUAGCCGUGAGAGGUUGAAAAUGCAAAAAUAGAAAUAAAAAAGUAGUGAUGUGGUGUACAAAAGCAAGCAUGUAAUGCUGAGGCUUUAUAAGGUAUUGGUCAGACCGUAAUUGGAGAAUUCUGAGUAGUUUAGGUCCCCUUAUUUGAGAAAACACGUGCAGGCAUUGGAGAGGGUGCAGAGGAAUGAAAUGGUUAAAGUAUGAGGAUUGAUUGAUUUCUUGUAGUCUGUACUUUCUAAAACUUAGAAGAAUGAGGGUGGACCUCAUGAAACAUAUUGAAUAUUGAAAGGCUUAGAUAUAGUGUAUGUUUCCUAGAGUGUGGGUGCCUAGGACCAGAAGACACAGCAGUAGAAAUAAGGGAUGUCUAUUUAGUACAGUACCCCAAUUUGAGCAUGCUGUGUUGGCUCCAGAAUGUAAAUUGUGAGCUGCUCACAGUACAUGCAAAUGGCACCUUUCAAUAAAUGUUUUAGAUGUACAUGCAAUAAAUAAAUCCGAAUCUGAUCCUCUCUUAUGUUAAUUUCACUUUUACAAAAUUCUAUAUUCAUUGCUGCAAUUUUAAAAUUUAAAACUAACUUACUCCUAAUUUGAAGGUUGAAAAAUUUCCAUUGGCCAUCAGUUUUUAUUUUAAGAGUAUGUGGGCAUAAGUGCAAGGGUUAUGGCUAUACAGAUGGCUGUUCCUACACAAUGACAUAUAAUCUGGAGCUAAGUAGCUUUUGGUGUCUUCUGUUGACUGUGGUCCCAGCUUGGCUUCAGUUUUUGGUUCUUUUUCAGUCUCUUGUAGAUCUUGGCUUUGGUUUUUUAAGAACCAAGGUGAUGAUGAGUGUGUCACUUUGAAUGUUAGGGUGUCAAUUGGUAGUGGAAUACUGCCUACAAACUCUUAUGUUUGGUGUUCUCUUUACUGUAGAUUCUGUCUGCCUUUGAUCUGGCCCAUACCUUCAUUCCAUAACUCCAGUCCCAUUCAUCUUUCUUGCAAUCCAUUAUUUAUUGUUUAUGAUUUAUUUGGGGAGAACACAGGUCCAUAUGUUGUAGGGUGGGGACAUGGUUUUGUACCUAGAGUGUGAGUGUGUUAGCAAAUGUUUCUGGGGUUAGAGUCAAAGACAGGCACAUUAAUGUGCAGAGAAUGGAGCAAUAUGAAAAGAAACACACUCACAAAAUGCUGUAAGAACUCAGGUCAGGUGGCAUCUGUGGAGGAGAAUAAAGAGUCGAUGUUUCAGGCCUGCUUAUAACCUUCCAUUGAUGCUGUCUCACCUGCUGAUUUCCUGCAGUAUUUAUGUGUGUUGCUCUGGAUUUCUAGCAUCUGCCAAAUCCCUUGAGUUUAUGGAGGGAUAUUAAUACUGUGGAGGCAGAAGGGAUUAGUUUAGUUAGACAUUUAUUUGCUAAUUAGUUCAAUGCAACAUGAUGGGCUGAAGAUUCUGUUUCUGUGCUUUACAAUUCUAUAUUGUAUAUUCUCUAUCCCCCUUUCCACUCCUGCCCUAUUAUUCCCCUCCCUUUCUGCCUCACUGACCAUCUUUCUCUUCCUUUCCCCAUCCCCCUUCUUUCCCACUCUUGGACAUGAUGGAAUCAAUGGCUUUGUGGCAAAGUUUGUGGAUGAUACAAAGAUAGGUGGAGGGGUAGGUUGUGCUAAGGAAGCAAUGCAAUUGCAGUAGGACUUAGACAAGUUGUAAGAAUGGACAAAAAAGUGGCUGAUGGAAUACAGUGUUGGGAAAUGUAUGGUAAUGCAUUUUGGUGCGGAUUAUUAUCUAAAUGAGAAGGUUCAAACAUCAGAGGUGCAGAGGGACUUAGAAGUUCUUGUGCAAGACUCCCAGAAAGUUAGUUUACAGGUUAAGUCUGUGGUAAAGAAGGCAAAUGCAAAGUUGGCAUUUAUUUCAAUGCUGAAACCUUGUAAGACAUUAGUCAGGCCGCACUUAGAGUAUUGUCAACAGUUUUGGGACUGUAUCUCAGAAAGGAUGUGUUGUCAUUGAAGAGAGUCCAGAUGAUUAUGAUUCUGGAAAUGAAAGAGUUAAUAUAUGAUGAGCGUUUGGCAGCUUUGGGUCCAUACUCACUGGAAUUUAGAAGAGUGUGGGGGGAUCUCAUUGAAACCUACUGAAUGUUGAAAGGAAUAGUUAAGGUGGACAUAGAGACGAUGUUCCCUAUGGUGGAGGUGCACAACCCCAAAGUUGAGAGGUGACCCUUAGAACAGAGGUAAGGAGGAAUUUUUUUAGCCAAGGAUUAGUAAAUCUGUGGAAUGUUCUGCCUCAGACUGCAUUGGAGGCCAAGUCUGGGCGUAUAUUUAAGGUGGAAGUCGAUCAUUUUCUGAUCGGUCAGGAGAUGACAAAGAGGCAGGUGUAUGGGGUUGAGUGGGAUCCAGGUUCAGCCAUGCGGAAUGGCAGAACAUCUCGAUGGGCUGAAUGGCCUAAUUCUGCUCCUAUAUCUUAUGGUUUUAUGGACAUCCCUUGAAGUAGGGAUGCCCAAGUCUGGAACCCAGCUGCACAUGUUCAAAGAAGAACAAGAACUCCGACUUAACAGAUACUGUUAGAGCUCUAGAAAGUUACAAGGUUGCUAGGAAGGAGCUCAAGAAUGGAAUUAGGAGAGCCAGAAGGAGCCAUGAGAAGGCCUUGGUGAGCAGGAUUAAGCAGAACCCCAAGGCAUUCUACAAGUAUGUGAAGAGCAAAAGGAUGAGCCACGUGAGAAUAGGACCAAUCAGGUGCGAGAGUGGAAACAUGUGCAUGGAGUCGGAGGAGGUAGUGGACUGAACUAGACUGAACUACGUAAUAUAAAAAACAACAACACAGAGAAAGCUACACUAGACUACAGACCUACACUGGACUGCAUAAAGUGCACAAAAACAGUGCAGGCAUUACAAUAAAUAAUAAACAGGACAGUAGGGCAAGGAGUCAGUCCAGGCUUCGGGUAUUGAGGAGUCUGAUAGCUUGGGGGAAGAAACUGUUACAUAGUCUGGUCUUGAGAGCCCGAAUGCUUCAGAACCUUUUCCCAGACGGCAGGAAGGAGAAGAGUUUGUAUGAGGGGUACAUGGGGUCCUUCAUAAUGCUGUUUCCUUUGCAGAUGCAGCGUGUAGUGUAAAUGUCCGUGAUGGCAGGAAGAGAGACCCCAAUGAUCUCAGCUGACCUCACUAUCUGCUGCAGCUUCUUGAAAUCUGAGAUGGUGCAAUUUCCGAACCAGGCGGUGAUGCAGCUUUUGAUGUGCUGGAGCUUUUGAAAAGCAUUAAGUCACCGGGACCGAUUGAGAUAUACUGCAGGCUACUGUGAGAAGUGAGGAAGAAGAUUGCUGAGCCUCUGGCGAUGGUCUUUGCAUCAUCAAUAGAGAUGGGAAAAAUACUGGAGGAUUUAAGGGUUGCAAAUGUUGUUCCUUUGUUCAUGAAAAGGAGCAGAGAUAACCCAGGAAAUUAUAGACCAGUGAGUCUGACUAUAGUGGUUGCAACUUGUUGGAGAGAGGCAGGAUUUAUGAGCAUUUGGAGAGACAUAAUCUGAUUAGGGAUAGUCAGCAUGACUUUGACGAGGGCAGGUCGUGCCUUACAAGCCUGAUUGAAUUCUUUGAGGAUGUAACAAAACACAUUGAUGAAGGUAGAGUAGUGGAUGUAGUGUAUAUGAAUUUCAGUAAGACAUUUGGUAAGAUUCCCUAUGCAAGACUCCUUCAGAAAGUAAUAAAGCAUGGGAUCCAAGGAGACCUUGCUUUGUGGAUCCAGAAUUGGCUUACCCACAGAAAGCAAAUGGUGGAUGUAGAUGGUUCGUAUUCUGCAUGAGGUUGGUGACCAGUGGUGUUCCGCAGGGAUCUGUUCUGGGACUCCUCCUCUUUGUGAUUUUUAUAAAAGGCCUGGAUGAGGAAGUAGAGGGUGGGUGUGUAAGUUUGCUGAUACACAAAGGUUGGGGCUGUUGUGGAUAGUCUGGAAGGUUGUCAGAAGUUACAGCAGGACAGCGAUAGGAUUUAGAUGAUGGAAUAGAUGGCUUUGUUGCCAAGUUUGCAGAUGAUAUGAAGAAUGGUGGAAGGGCAGGUAGUGUUGAGGAAACAGGAAGCAGAUUAGGAGAUUGGACAAGAAAGUGGCAAAUGAAAUACAAUGUUGGAAAAUGCAUGGUCAUGUACUUUGGUAGUAGAAAUAAAUGUGCAGACUAUUUUCUAAAUGGGGAGAAAAUCCAGAAAUCUGAGAUGCAGAGGGACUUGGAAGUCCUUGUGCAGAACACUCUGAAGGUUAACUUGCAAGUUGAGUCAGUGGGGAGGAAGGCAAAUGCCAUGUUAACAUUCAUUUUAAGAGGUCUAGAAUACAAGAGCAAGGAUGUGAUGCUGAGGCUUUAUAAGGCACUGGUGAGGCCUCACAUUGAGUAUUGUGAACUGUUUAGGCCCCUCAUCUUAGAAAAGAUGUACUGGCAUUGGAGAGGAUCCAGAGGGGGUUCACAAGGGUGAUUCUAGGAAUGAAAGGGUUAUCAUACAAGGAACAUUUGAUGGCUCUGGGUCUGUACUCACUGGAAUUCAGAAGGAUGAGGGGGAUUUCAUUGAAACCUUUCAAGUGUUGAAAUGCCUAGACAGAGUAGAUGUGGGAAAGGAUAUUUCCCAUGGUGGGAGAGUCUAGCACAAGAGGGCACAGCCUCAGGAUAGAGGGGCGCCUUUUCAAAACAGAUGAGGAGAAAUUUCUUUAGCCAAAGUGUGGUGAAUUUGUAGAAUUUGUUGUCACAUGCAGCUGUAUAUUUAAGGCAGAAGUUGAUAGGCUCUUGUUUGGACAUGGAAUCAGAGGUUACGGGUAGAAGGCUGGGAACUGGGGUUGAGGAGGAGAUUUUAAAAAAAGGAUCUGCCAUGUUUGAACAGUGAAGCAGACUUGAUGGACCAGAUUCUGCUCCUAUAUCUUAUGGCCUUAUGGAUGCAGAACUGUGCUGAGUAGCAGAUGGACUUCAACCCAGAUAAGUGUGAAGUGGUUCAUUUUGGUAGGUCCCAUUUGAAGAAAGAAUAUAAUAUAAAUGGUAAGACUCUUAGUAGCAUGGAGGAUCUGAGAGAUCCUGGGGUCUGUGUCCUUAGGACACUCAAAGUUGCUGCACAGGUUGACAGUGUUGUUAAGAAGGUGUGUGGUGUGUUGGUAUUCAUCAACAAUGGGAUUGCGUUCAAAAGCCAUGAGGUAAUGUUACAGCUAUAUAAGACCUUGGUCAGAUCCCACUUCGAGCUCUGUGUUCAGUUCUGGUCACCUCACUACAGGAAGGAUGUGAAUACUAUAGAGAGAGUGCAGAGCAGAUUUAUAAGGAUGUAGCCUGGAUUGGAGGGUGUACCUUAUGAGAAUAGGUUGAGUGUACUUGGCCUUUUCUCAUUGUAGUGACAGAAUGAGAGGGGACCUGAUAGAAUUGUAUAAGAUGAUGAGGGGCAUUAAUUGUGUGGAUAGCCAGAGACUUUUUCCCAGGGCUUAAAUGGCUUACACAAGGGGGCAUAGAUUUAAAGUGCUUGGAAAUAGGUACCAAAGGGAUGUCAGGGGUAAUUUUUUCACUCUGUUAGGUACCCCUAGGGUUCACAUUUUCUGUGGACAAGUACUUUAAACUGUCGGGAGAAUGAGACUGGCUUUUGGACACUGUUUGUGUCGCUAAUGAGAGAGAGAGAAGAAGAAGAAGAGGGGGGAGACAUCCUGCUGCAGAUGCUGAUAAUGAGAGAGAGAGAGAGGUAAUUUACUAUUAUGGCUUCUUUGCUAAUUCUUUACUUUGCCUGCUUGUGUGGAUUCCUGCAGAGACAGCAAGGCGGUAGCAGGUGAUGGACUGCUGAAGGAUGGCUGGUACGCCGCCAGGGGAAAUAAAAAGCAAGUCUGCUGAGACACAAGCAGACACACCACGGGAGACUGAAAGAGCAUUAUGGACCCAUGCGAAGGUGGGGGUUUGGAGGAUCGAUUCGGGGGAAUCGAUCAGGGGCUCACAGUGUGUGAAGGCAGACCAGUGGGGGCUUGUGUGUGUGUGUCCACCCUCGCCUGGGUGACUGGCUCACCACCGAAGAACGGUCAUGCCUGGUACGGAGGGGUCACAGUCGGUGACCACAACAGGACAGGAAGACAACAGAAGAACAUCCUGAUCUUCCAUGACAUGGUUGGAUUAUGCAAGAGUAUUGAUGAUCUUCGACAAUAAGAAAAGGAACUGGAGAGCAUCUGAUGAUUGUGCUCCGUUCAGCCAGAGAUUCAACACCCGGAAAAUUCGAUCUGCUUUACCCACAUUGUAUUUGCAAGAUACUAUCGUGGAUCUUCCUCAGACUGUAAAGAUGGAGAUGUCACCUCGAGAGAAUCUGUCGGCUGUGCUCCACGGGCCUAGAGAUUUAAGACUGGAGAAUCGACCAGUUACAGAACCUGCAUCUAAUGAGGUUCUGCUAAAGAUUAAUUCUGUUGGAUUCUGUGGUUCGGACAUGAAAUUCUGGGAAUAUGGAAGAAUUUUAUGCUUUGACAUCAACAAGCCAAUGAUUCUAGGUCACGAAUAUUCAGGCACUGUUGUCAAAGUCGGCUCUGAAGUUGAACAUCUCAAAGCAGGUGACAGAGUUGCUGUUGAACCUGGUUUUCCCAAAAAGGAUGAUGAGUUUGUUAAAUCUGGACGCUACAACUUGACGUUAUCAGACUACAGCACUGGACUUCCUCCAAAUAAUGGAGCAAUGUGCCAGUACUUAGCCCACAAUGCCAACUGCUGCUUCAAGAUUCCUGACUCAUUGAGUUUUGAAGAGGGUGCUUUGAUUGAGCCACUUUCUGUUGGGAUUCAUGCCUGUCGCAGAGGAGAAGUGAAAAUUGGCCAAAUGAUUUUCAUCUGUGGAGCUGGAACAAUUGGACUUAUGUGCAUGUUGGUCGCCAAAACAAUGGGGGCAGCUCAAGUGGUGAUUUGUGAUGUGAUCAGUAGUCGGUUGGAAAUGGCAAAGAAACUGGGGGCCGAUUAUACGAUUAAAGUAAACGGGGAGACACCUCAAAUCUUGGCUGAGAAAGUAAAGGCUGUUCUUGGUGCCAUGCCGAAUAUAAGCUUUGAAUGUACUGGGAAGGAGUUCUCCAUGCAGGCUGGCAUGUAUGCUACACGUUCAGUGGGGUCUGUGGUUCUGGUUGGUCUUACGCAAGAAAAGAUGAACAUUCCAGUAUCCGAGGCAAUUAUUCGAGAGGUGGAUAUUCGAGGAGUUUUCAAAUAUUGUAACACGUGGCCGAUUGCGAUUAACAUGUUGGCAUUAAAUAGAGUUGAUGUGAAGCCUCUGGUCACACAUCGCUUUCCUCUGAAUGAGAUUCACAAGGCAUUUGAAACAGCAAGCAAGGGCACAGGAACCAAAGUGGUUCUGAAGUGUGAUACAAGUGACCUGGAUUAAUAAAAGGUGCAGCCUGGCUUGUUUAUAUCGACAAUUGUGCCUUUUCUGUAUUGCCAGCUGGGAUCUUCAAAUGGAAUUCAGUUAAACUUUCCCCAUGCUACAAAAGUAUAAAAUUUAAAAUGAUAUUCCCAUGUAAUUGUGAAAGUGUAUACUUAAUCCUAUGUAUUAAAUAGCUAUCAGCUGUAUUUCAAUGUCAUAUCAGCUUCAAAUAAUGAAAAUAAAUAACCGAAGAUGUCGGAAAGGAAAUAA